CAUCUUUUAACAGAAAUUGCAAUGAUGGUGGGAGUAAGGAAACCAAUCCAAAAAACUAAAACAAUGAAGAAAGGAAGUGUAAUAAAAACAUUCAAGUUGUUGGGAUAGAGGAGAUGCUAGACAUUAGAAACACCAAACAAGAGAAAUAGAGAGAGAGGUGGUGGUACCAGCAUAGGCUUUUUCUUCUCUCUCUCCCUCUGCCUCUCUUUCUCCCUGUCCUACUUUAAAAAAAGCAAAGACCCCAAAAACCAUUCCUUAGAUUCUUCUUCUCCACGCCCUUCUCUUUCUUAAUUCACAUUCUCUCUCUAUAAUCUUGUUCUGUCAACCUGCCUGCUUGACAAUCCUUCUACAUGUGCUGGUUCUAACAUUUUUGUUUUGUGCUUUGGUUACACAUUGACUGGUGAAUUGAAUUUAAUCUGAAUCAAUGACAAAGAUAAGUCCUGAAAUAGAAGAAAAGAUGCGGAUGGAAGUAAUUCUUCCAGUUUCUGCUGAUGUGAGCUUUGCUUCUAAUCAAUUUCCAAGGUAUAAAUUGGGCCCUGACAAUCAGAUAUUGGAAGAGCCCAAAGAGGAUACUAAAGGUCCAUCCUUAAAGGAGGUUGUUGAACAAGAAACUAUGCAGCUGUCAGAUCAGCACAAGCGCCUCUCAGUUCGUGAUCUUGCUAGUAAAUUUGACAAGAAUUUGGCUUCUGCUGCUAAGUUAGCUGAGGAGGCAAAGCUUAGAGAGGUGGCUUCUUUGGAAGGACAUGUUCUUUUAAAAAAGCUCAGAGAUGCAUUGGAAUCUUUAAGAGGACGUAUGGCAGGGCGAAACAAGGAGGAUGUAGAGAAAGCUAUAUCUAUGGUGGAGGCUCUAGCAGUUAAAUUAACUCAGAAAGAAGGGGAAUUAAUUCAAGAGAAGUUUGAAGUGAAAAAGCUGGCCAACUUUCUUAAGCAGGCUUCUGAAGAUGCUAAAAAGUUGGUCAACCAAGAAAAAUCUUUUGCUUGUGCUGAAAUUGAAAGUGCCAGGGCAGUUGUACAGAGGUUUGGAGAGGCUUUGGAGGAGGAAGAAAAGAAUGCUCAGAAUUCCAAAAACCAUGCUCCUGAUGUGGAGGAACUAAUUGAGGAAGUUCAGGAAGCUAGAAGAAUUAAAUUAUUGCAUCAGCCAAGCAAGGUGAUGGACAUGGAGCAUGAACUUCUUGCACUGAGAAAACAGAUUCGGGAGAAAUCAAUUGUUUCAGUUAAACUUCAGAAGGAGCUGGCAAAGAGCAAGAGAGCUGAGGAGAAUAGAUCCUCUCCAUAUGCCCUGGAUGGUUCUGAAACUCUAGGUUCAUGUCUGCAACUUCGUCCUAAAUCAGAUGUGUCUGCACCACCGCUUUCAAAGUGUUCAAUUCAGUGGUAUCGUGUAUCAUCUGAUGGCAGCCAAAAAGAAGUUAUUUCAGGUGCCAAUAAAUGCAUUUAUGCUCCUGAACCGCUUGAUGUUGGACGGAUAUUGCAAGCAGAAAUCAUUUCAGAUGGUCAUAAAGCCAGUGUGACGACUGAUGGUCCCAUUGAAACAGCUGCAGGAUUGGGAAGCUAUGUAGAGACACUUUUGCGAAAAUCUAGCUCGGAAUUUAAUGUAGUUAUUUCUCAAAUGAAUGGACAAGAUAAUCCAUCACAUUCGGUUCAUAUAUUUAACGUGGGAAAAAUGAGGAUAAAGCUUUGCAGAGGGUGGAUUACAAAGGCUCGAGAUAUUUAUUCCGCAUCUAUGCAGUUAUGUGGGGUUCGAGCUGAUUGCAAUACCGCAGCAAAGGCAUUGUUUUGGCAACCGAGGAAAGGCCUUUCAUUUGUGUUGACAUUUGAAUCAGAACGAGAAAGGAAUGCAGCGAUAAUGCUUGCCAGGAAAUAUGCUCAUGAUUGCAAUGUCAUGCUUGGUGGACCAGAUGAUCAAGUAUAGAACUAAAUAUAAACUAACAAAGCGAGUAUAAUCAGGUUUUGAUAGUGAGUGAAUGUAUGUGUGUGUGUUUGCCAUGGUGAAGAAGAAAGAAUAUGCACCUUUCUUAUUGUAUUUUGGGCUUCCACUAAUCUAGUUGCUCAUCUUAGGCAUAGUUUUUUAAAUUUGCCUAAUUGUAUGCUGUAAAAAAUUCUUCAUUUUAAUUGAUUGGUUCUUUUGUGCCUGAUUUGCAUAAGAAAACACCUUUCUGUAUUAA